AUGGCGCGUUUUGUGGAUUUGGAAGAAGACGAGGAUGCUGGAGCGGGCCCUGGCGGCUUUCCCGUCCACGAUGCUCAUCAUGAGGCCGCCCUUCCGCCAGUUCUGGAACCUAUACAUCAUGACGGCUAUCCCCAGCUCAACGACCUCUCCCAGAAAGAUCAGCAUCUUUUAUUCCUUAGGAAGCUCGAGUUGCUGUCAUCUAGCAGCAGCCGGAAUGGACCUUGGCCUCACUCAUUGUACAACCCAGAGCCGCUAGGCACCAUGGAUGCCUCUACUUUCCAAGCGCCUGUCACCAAUGCGUUUCAGUGCUAUCCCAUUGUCGAAGCCAUUGCUUCUUCCAUAGAUUUGAACACCCUCGACGCUCUAUCGCGUACCUGUCGUCUUGUCCACCAUGGCCUCAUUCAGUACCGCACUACCCUUAUCAACUCAACUCUCCACUGCCAAAACGAAGACGUCCCGGUCGAUGGCUCCGAAACCUUUCGUUACCGUGCUCGCGCCGGUAACUGGUUCUACAUGGAAGAUGGCCGCAGUUACAAUGGAAAGUCGGGCAAUUGCGCUCGUGACAUGGUCGGCGAGUGUCGCAGAUGCAGUGAUGUGAUAUGUCGGAAUUGUGCCAUUAAGCCACCGGCUUCUGUCGCUCUCAAAGAAAGGCAUAGAAGACUUUGUAAGCCAUGUGUUCAUGCGCCUAUAGCGACUCUUGUUAAGGCCCCUGUCGAUCCCGAUAUUCCUCUCUCAUCAGAGUUGGUAUCGCGGGAGGUUUGCAAGUGCGCUGACGAUGGCGUCUGGCUCUGCCAGCCGUGUGGACGAAGUAUCCGGGCCGCAGAUCAUGACUACCAACGUAUUUGGCGCUGGCGUAACCAGUACGGCGAAGUCCUCGGUGGUCUUGGCACUGGCAUCGGCGAGGGCGACCGUGGUGUAAUCUGCGGCCGCGAAGCAAACUGCUGUGCAGCCAAAGAAGUCGAACACCAAGUAGACUGCGACGCCGAGGAUGCCCGGGAUGGAAACGUAGCUGCGGGUUUGAACCCUCAACAAGCUCCAGUUGAUGCUCUCAUCGACCAACUCCGCCUUACACAUGAGCGCACACCGUCCCCAUCUCUUGGUCCUGGCUAUCUACGCCAUGAGAUCGAAGGCAUUGGCGGUGUUGUCAAGCGCAAGCGAGUUCGUAUGGUGCGUGUAGGCCAUGGCGUGCCUGAGUGGGAUGAUGAGCGUUCCAGCGGCAGCCGAGUUCUUGGCCGAGAGGUUAGAGGUGCUCGACGAUCAUGGUGCGGUUGGUGUAGUCGUGUUAUUCCUGGUGAAAAGGAUCUCUUGAAUGAGCCACCUUCUUCAUCAUCUUCAGACGCAGGAGGUAGUCGACGAACAUCGACAUCUACCAGGUCUGUUGAGAUGAAGCAUGAUUGA